GAAAAGUUGAGGUUACAUGUUUAAAAACAACACUUUAAUUUUUAAUUCAAAUAACUUUUAAGUUAUUAUUGUUAAAUAUUAACCGUUUUUCAAUUAAUAGAAGCUAACAUAAUUUCAGAAAUGAAACUUCUUACUCACAAUAUGCUUACCUCCAAAUGUAUGAAGGGAGUAAGUGUUGGGUACCCUUUAAAAAUAAAUGCACAAGAAGUAAAAGUAUCUGAAGUAGAAUUUAAUCCAGAGUUUGUGUCAAAUAUGAUUCCCAGAUUAGAUUGGCCUGUAUUAUAUGAAGCAGCAAAAAGUGUGGGAAAACUGGAAGAUCUUCCUGAACAAAUAAUAGAAAAUUUCAAAGAUGAUGAAGAUUUUUUGAAAAAGGUCCAUAAAGUUCUUCUGGAAGUAGAUAUUGUCACAGGAGAAAUGAUAUGUCCGGAAACGGGUCGGAAGUUUCCUAUUAAUAAUGGCAUUCCAAAUAUGCUUCUGAAUGAGGAUGAAAUUUAAUUAUGUAUUAUUUUAAUAUUUUUUUAUAACACAGAUUUUUAUAAUUGUUAUCAAUUAAAUAAUUACUUCAUCA